AUGUCGAUACGGAUGGAAGGAAAUCAAGAUCCCGCAGUCGAUCUGUUGAGUCCGAUUCCAAAAUGUCUCAUGAUGGCUCAGUGCGAUCCAAAUCUAACUCCCGCUCAAGAUCAAGAUCUAAAUCGUCAUCACACUCUCGUAGUGUUUCACGGGCGUCAUCUCGCUCUGGAUCACAGAAGUCUCUUAGAUCUAGAAGUGGUUCAGCUAAUUCAAAUAGGUCAAGAAGUGGAUCUCGACAGUCAAACAGGUCGAGAAGUGGCUCUGCUAAAUCUAAUAGAUCCAGGAGUGGUUCACCUAAGUCAAACAGGUCAAGGAGUGGUUCAGCUAAAUCAAAUAGAUCCAGAAGUGGUUCAGCUAAGUCAAAUAGGUCAAGAAGUGGGUCUCCAAAGUCAAACAGGUCGAGAAGUGGAUCAGCCAGGUCAAACAGAUCUAGAAGUGGCUCAGCAAAAUCAAAUAGAUCAAGAAGUGGUUCGGCGAAGUCAAAUAGAUCAAGAAGUGGUUCGGCGAAGUCAAAUAGAUCAAGAAGUGGUUCUGCAAAAUCAAAUAGAUCAAGAAGUGGUUCGGCGAAAUCAAAUAGAUCAAGAAGUGGUUCAGCGAAAUCUAAUAGGAAAAGAUUCUAAAUCUAAGAGUGGUUCUCCAAAAUUGCGGAGUGCAUCUUUAGCUCGAUCGAGAUCAAAUAGUGAUUCACGAAAAUCUAGAAGUCGAAGCCGUAGUGGUUCGAAAUUGUCAAGACCAAGAAGCAAGUCUAGGAGUCGUUCGCCAAAUAUGGUCAUUUCCCCAACGCGUUCUCCUCGGCGUUCAAAAAGUAAAUCGGUAGAAAAGAUGGAUGUAGAUGGACAAGAUAAAACUACAGUGUCACCAGCUGAAUCUCGUGGCGGACGGUCGCGAUCAAGAUCAGCGUCAAAAGCUAAGUCAUCCAGAGGCAGAAGAAGUCGCUCUGGAUCCCGUAAAUCCGACUCUCGGUCUCGCUCGCCUAACCGAGUAUCCAAAUCCAGAUCUCGUUCGAGAUCCCGUUCUGGUUCUAGAAAGUCUAGAUCUCGUUCCGUGUCCCGUAAAUCCAAAUCACAUUCAAGAUCAAGAUCUAAAUCCCGUUCCCGGUCUAAAUCUCACUCCCGUUCUCGGUCUAGAUCCGGUUCUCGUUCCAAGUCGCGUUCAAAAUCUAGAUCUCGUUCAAGAUCAAAAUCAGGCUCCAGAUCACGUUCGCGGUCUCGAUCCAAGUCACGGUCACGUUCGAGGUCCAGAUCACGGUCCGGUUCGGCAAAAUCUGUGUCCAGGUCACGUUCUCGUUCCAGAUCAGGUUCCCGCUCUGGUUCUGGUUCACCCUCGAGAAAAGAUGCGAAGAAGCGUCGUACAGUGCGGUUGCAAUCAGAUGAUGAACGUGAAACGGCCCCAGUUGAGAGUGAACAAGUUGCAGAGCCCGCAGUUGAUAAGGCAGAAGACUCUUCUGAUGAUGAACUGGCGCCCGACGGUAAAAGCUCGGAAAUGAUGGGUGGAAUGUCAGAUUUCGAAAUAAUGCUGUCUCGUAAGCGAGAGGAGCGGCGCGGGCGGCGUCGCCGCAGGGAUAUUGGAAUUAUCAAUGACAACGAUGAUUUGAUAGCGCAUCUACUGCAGCAGAUGCGCACAGCAGCUGAGGAAGACCGCGAAUUGAAUAAACGAAAUCUGCCCGCCGUACGAAAGGUGUCGAUGCUUAAGGCGGCAAUGUCUCAACUAAUAAAGCGUGAUCUACAACUGGCAUUCCUAGAGCACAAUGUGCUAAAUGUGCUCUGCUCAUGGCUAGCGCCCAUGCCCAAUCGGGCUCUACCGUGUCUGCUUAUCCGGGAAAGUGUGCUAAAACUUCUUAUGGAUUUUCCCUCGAUAGAUAAGUCUCUCCUGAAACAGUCUGGUAUAGGCAAAGCAGUGAUGUAUUUAUAUAAGCAUCCCAAAGAGACGAAAGCCAACAAGGAACGUGCUGGAAGACUUAUUUCCGAGUGGGCCCGACCUAUCUUCAAUCUUUCUACGGACUUUAAGGCCAUGACCCGCGAAGAGAGGCAGGCGCGUGACGAAGCGAUGGCCGGUCAACGGCGUAGAGACGAAGAGGCGGGGCCUUCCGCUAAACGUGCGCGCACGCUUGAUGAACCCGACAGAACUGUGCGUCCCGGAGAACCUGGAUGGGUUGCGCGGGCGCGGGUGCCCCUACCCUCGAACAAGGACUACGUGGUGCGACCUAAGUCAACUUGCGAACUAGAUAUGUCAAGGGUAAGCAAGAAAAAGAUGACGCGGUACGAAAAACAGAUGAAGAAAUUUAUGGACCAGAAACGAUUGCGCGGUGGUUCGCGGCGCGCCGUAGAAAUUUCCAUUGAAGGACGCAAGAUGGCGCUUUAA